UUAUUUUGAGGUAUUUGUUUUUGUUUAUCUGUGGCUUAUAUUAAUUAUAUUUUUGAAUAAGAAAUUUAUAUGGACACGUUAAUAAAGGGAAAUAAAUGAGAAGUGUGGAAAUGUUUGUAUUUGAUUUAAAACUUUAUAUUUUAUGAUAUUGGGCUCUUAUGGGAUUAAUCCCGAGACAUGGCACGGCAAUCACCUCAACCGUUUGAAAACCCAAUGUUCCGAGAAAUCCAUAAAAAUACAUGGCUUAAGAAAAUCUCAACAAACACUACUAAAAAGAAACGCGAGAAACUUUGGGUUGUAUUUUGUAUUCACGAUGAUACAGAUGCAUAUCUUGAAUCAUACACAGAUAGUAAACUGGCCGUAUUCCAUAAACCAGAAUGGUUCGUCUGUUUAAAUCAUGUCCAGCAUAUAUCACCGACAAUUUGUGCCCAAGAUCAAGAAUACGAAUUUGUCCUAACAUUAAGUAGUGAAGUAGUCAGAUUAGCAGCUCCCACAUGGGAACAAAUGUUGGAUUGGGUAGAAGGUCUCAAAGCCAAGUUAUUUGAAUUGAAAUUACUCAGUCCUAAAGAAAAUGUAUAUACUAAAUUGCCAGAAAAACCGUCUAAUGUUCUAUUAUUGGCUACCCGUGAUCCAACAUCACCAUUACCGCCCCCUCCAGAAACUCCAGCAGAAGUUUUACCAGGAAUAGAAACGUCAGAUAACGAAGGAGCCCCUGCGAGAGAAAGAAUAAAUAUAUUAUGUUACGAGCGGCAAAGAUCUGAUUCUCAAAGUAGAGCGACGAUUCAAAGAACAAGUAUAACUCCACAUGAACCGCGCAGUGCUGGAGCAGCUAGUGCUCGUAUUUUUAAUUUCGAUCAAUUACACCAUGUUAUUGGGGCAGCUAAUUCAUUAUCAUCAAAUAAUGUACAUUAUGAGCAUUUAUUUCAAGUGCCAGGUCCGUCCAGUAGAAUGAAUCAAAUUCAGCACACAGUUAGAGAACCGAGUUUAGCAAAUAGAGUUUUAGAAAGGUCGGCUAGUUGUUCUCCCAGAAUCUUACAGUCAGUACCGCGUCCAACCACGCUGAGGGAGCAGCAAGUUUUAAUGUUAGAAAAAGAAAUGAUGCAUCCUACAGGUGUAAGAUUACAGCUUAGAAAGAAUGACUGUAUUAGUUCGAUUGGCUUUGUGGAUGCAUUUAAUUCUGUGUGGAUCUGUGGAUGGAAGCAAAAAGAAUAUCCUAUGUUGUAUAAUGCUCUUCAUAUUGGCGAUCGCCUCUUAAGUAUAGAAGGGAUAACUGUUGGAUCCGCUGCUUUUGCUCAAGAAAUACUGCAGUCGCGUUAUUGUGGCCUAUAUGUAAGCGUCGUAAUUAAACGAGUCCCAUAUGGAAGGGUAUUUGUGAUACACAAGGAGUGUGAAGGGCAAUCGCUGGGCAUCAUUCAAGAAAACAAUACUGCAGUUAUACAGACGGUGCAAGAAAACAGUUUGGCUGCCAGGCACGGUCUAACUGCUAGGACCAAAUCCUGCGACGGUACAACUCUUACUAAUUGGGUACUUACGGAAAUUAACGGGCGGCCUCUAAACUUAUUCUUUAAGAAAAACCAAGUUAGAGACAGACUCAAUUCUGUCGGCAGAGACAUAUCAAUUUUAGUACAGCCUUUAGAUUUAAUAAAACAAUUAAAGAAGCAAAUGAAGUCCUUAAAAAAUUAUAAAGAUUAUAUUGUACAGUAGCCUUUGUUUGGAAAUGCAGUGAUUUUGUUAGUUCUAGUCUUAAAGGCAUCUUUGAGCGUUUAGUUUUCACUUUGAGAUAGAGAAUGUAAUAGCAGUUUGUUUUUGUAGAAGAAAUUGCACUACAUAAUUUUAGUAUUAAUUUUGAUAUACCAAAUAGGCUUGUAAAUAUCACUUAUUAUUUUUUAAGUACUGAGCGGAAAUACUAAAAUUAUUAUGUUUUAUGUAUAUCAAUUACUUUUUAUACAACGGAACUGGUAGUAUUCUUGAACUGAACAUUCUACAUUUUUUUCUUCUUACCUUUGUUAUCGAUUUUUUUAUUCUAUAUAUACAGGGUGUUUCAAAAAACACGUGCCAUCUUGGGGAGAUUGCCGUGGGGAGAUUCCUCACGUAAAAUAAGAUUUAUUUUUUAUAUCAACAUGGGUCUGAUGCUGCUUUGUUUCGUAGAUACCGGAGGUUAGUCAUUUUUCUUUCAAUUAUAAUUUUCUUCCAAGUGCUUUUAGCAUUCGAAUGAAAUUUUGAGUGUAGAACUUACUGUAAGUGCUAAAUAUUUUAAUGGUAAAAAAAUAUCCACAUAUUCACCAGGUACGUGCAUAUGAGUUAUCACUGGAAUAUUUUUCUAAAAAAAAAUUGGCGCGCGACACUAAUUUUUUCCUCUUGUUUAUCCAUUAAUGCCAAUUACAAGUUGUAUCUUGACAUUUUGUCCAUUUCAAUCUCCUCGAUGUGAUAAACGCAGUCUUAUUAACUACAAUUAAUAUAAUUAAAAUAAAAUUAAAAAAUUAUCUAUUUAAUCUAAUUUAUUACUAAAUUUUA